AUGAAGAUCAGUCAAUUUGGCUCUUUAGCUUUCGCCCCAAUUGUGCUACUACAACUGUUCAUUGUUCAAGCGCAACUUCUCACAGAUUCAAAUGCUCAGGAUUUGAAUACUGCCCUUGGACAGAAAGUGCAAUACACCUUUCUUGACACUGGAAAUUCUAACGAUCAACUACUUCAUCUUCCAAGCACCACCUCUUCCAGCAUUAUUACUGGUUCAUUAGCUGCUGCUAAUUUCACCGGUUCUUCAUCAUCGUCGUCUAUACCAAAAGUCACUUCCAGCGUCAUAACAUCUAUAAAUUACCAAUCCUCAAAUUCUACGGUAGUCACCCAGUUCACGCCAUUGCCUUCUUCGUCGAGAAAUGAAACAAAAAGCUCUCAAACAACUAAUACUAUAAGUUCAAGUACAAGCACAGGAGGUGUAGGUUCAGUCAAGCCAUGUCUUUACUUCGUUUUAAUGUUAGAAACAAUCGCUUAUUUGUUUUCUUAA